AGCCAAUCAAAGCCAACCUAUCUCUGAUAGACGACCAAAAACUGUAAAAGGAGGAGAUGUCUUCCACAGUGCUCCCCCCUCUCUCUUCUCGACAGAAACCUUCUCACACUACAGACUGAUUGCUACAUGGCCCCUUUAACCUGAUUAGCGAUGUCCACUGAGCCUCAAGGAGCAGGACUGGAGAAAGGAAACACUUUUAAAAGAUCAUUUCUGGAUGGCAAAAGACACCAAAGCUCAAGAAGAUCCGCUGAAACAGAAAUAACCAAGAUCUGCAGACACAGGAGACACAAGGAGCCCUGAUGGGACACCAGAGAAGAGCAGUCCUUAACUUUGGGAUACGAGUUCCUUCAAUGCAACCUGAGGAGGAGAAGAUGAUCUGAUGUUAAUUGUCCUGUUUAAGUUGACAGCUGAAAAGAAGUCAUGUUGUCUGCACAGGGAAUUGGUGUCUUUGCUUUUUUCCACAGUGUAAUAAUAGUGACUGCACUGAUUGACUCUGAUGAUGUCAUCACUCGAGAUGAGCAGAUCUACGUUCUGAUUGGUGCUCACGCCAAGUGUGAGAGGAGCAUCCAGGCACAAAUGGCCCUGGUUAAAGAGGGUGACUGUAUCCCAGAGUGGGAUGGGAUCAUCUGCUGGCCACGGAGCAGAGCGGGUCAGCUGGUUUCAGUGCUGUGUCCAGAGUACAUCUACGACUUCAACCACAGAGGGCAAGCCUACCGUCAUUGUGACACAUCAGGGAGCUGGGAGCAGGUGUCCAGCAUCAACCGCACUUGGGCCAACUACACGGAGUGCACCACAUACUUGACCUCCAACCACAGGAGCCAAGAGGAGAAGGUGUUUGAGAGACUCCAUCUCAUGUACACUGUUGGCUACUCCAUUUCUCUAGCAUCACUGUUGGUGGCGGUCUCCAUCCUCUGCUAUUUCAAGCGUCUCCACUGCACACGCAAUUACAUCCACAUUCACCUCUUCACCUCCUUCAUAUGUCGAGCAGUCAGCAUUUUCGUGAAGGACGCUGUGCUCUACUCCGUAUCUGAUGACAGUAAGGCUGAGCCUGAAUUCACUGCACACAAGCCCCAUAUGGCCGGCUGUAAAGUUGCUGUUACUUUCUUCCUUUAUUUCCUGGCGACCAAUCAUUAUUGGAUCCUGGUAGAGGGGUUGUACCUACAUAGCCUCAUCUUCAUGGCCUUCCUCUCUGACAAGAACUACCUAUGGGCCCUCACCAUCAUCGGCUGGGGUGUUCCAGCUGUGUUUGUGUCCGUUUGGGUCAGUGCACGAGCAUCGCUGGCAGACACACAAUGUUGGGACAUCAGUGCAGGAAACCUAAAGUGGAUCUAUCAAGUUCCCAUUCUGGCAGCCAUUGUUGUGAAUUUCCUCCUCUUCAUCAACAUAAUACGUGUACUGGCCUCUAAACUGUGGGAAACAAACACUGGUAAACUGGACCCUCGGCAGCAAUACCGGAAGCUGCUCAAGUCCACAUUAGUCCUCAUGCCCUUGUUUGGAGUUCACUACAUGGUGUUCAUGGCUCUUCCCUACACUGAGGUCACUGGGCUGCUGUGGCAGGUGCAAAUGCAUUAUGAGAUGUUCUUCAAUUCAUCUCAGGGCUUUUUUGUGGCAUUUAUCUACUGUUUCUGCAAUGGGGAGGUGCAGGCAGAGGUAAAGAAGGCGUGGUUAAGACGCAGCCUCACGCUGGACCUCAAACAGAAAGCCAGGAUGACCAGCAGCUGCGGCGGAGGCAGCUGUUACUACGGCGGCAUGAUGUCACACACCACCACCCACAGUGUCAGCUUGUCUGCUGUCAAUCCCAGAGCUCUUACCUUCACUGGAGGUGUGGUGGGCUCAGGUGGAGCUGCUGGUGGAGGCUCAGGGGUCAGGCCGCCACGCCGUGGCUCUCUCCACCCACAAACCAGCCUGCCCGGAUACAUGCCCAGUGAUACUGAGACCUCCAGCCCCCAACAGCAGCUCUCUGUGCGGAAGCUAGGGGGGACGGAGUCUGGAGUUUUUGCCAGGCAUGCCAGAGCCAGCAAGGGAAAUCAUAACUCAAAAAGUCAGGGAGCAUCUCCAGCCCAAACCCCUGGAGCAGAAGAUCCAGACAGCUGCUUGUCUCUGAAAGAGCUGGAGACCAUCUUGUGAUUGUUUUGAUAAAUGUUCAGAUGAGCAUACAUGAGGUAUUGGACUCAUGCAGACCUAGGCAGAUGACAGGAAUGAAUCUUUCUGGCUUCACCUGACUAGAUUGGUCAUCUGUACAAACCUUGCAAAUACAAGACUGAGGACCUACCAACCUAGAAAUUUCAAGGAUUUACUUGUGUUGAGAUUGUUUUAUCAACUUCUUCCAAGGUCAAGAGAGCCAAGCCAACAGCUGGACAAACUCUAUUUGCUGAGGAAGAUUGUGUGAUAUGGGAUGGGAUCACAUUUCCAUUACAUGAACUAUGAAGGAAUACAAACAUUUUCAUUUUUCAAAAUGAAGGCCUUUACUCACUAUGACAUACCAAGUCAGGAUUGAAUGCAUGAUUGUAGGUUUGUGUUAUAAUUUGUUUGUGUAUAAUCCCAACUCUCUCACAUUAUAGAGACAAUUUUCUGAUGGGUUUCUUGUGGAUCUAUUUCAUUUCUUUCAGUGUACAUGAAUUGUACAUACAUUUUUAUAUGCUUUUGGUUGAUGUUAAAGAAAAGGGAACAGAUAAAUGAAGCUAAAUAAUCUGUGAAGAUCUGAUGCUGCAGAGAAUUUAGAAAAGUCAAGGGACAGACCUGGAUGUUUGAACAGGGAGAGUUUUUUGUUAUUUGUCUCCCUCUUCACACAGCUUGUGUGUGUGUGUGUGUGUGUGUGUGUGUGUGAGAGAGAGAGAGAGAGAGAGGCUGCUGUCUUUGAAUCUGCUGUAGCAAUCCUCCCUUUUCCAAAUAUUGACCUCCACACAUAACAGCUGCACAUUUAUGAUGGAGGAAGCAUUCUCCAGUAGUUACUCCACUGAGCUAACUGUCCACAUUUGAUUAUUUCCAACAGUCAGAGGUGUCCAGACAGCAUGUCUCAUGUCUAGACAGGUUGGACUUGUCUCUGCACCUUUGUUGUUGUCCAUGUUGUCUACUCAGCCCUAUUUAUCAGUCUGACAGGACCCUGAGGGCUGAUGCACAAACCUUUUCCCCCUCUCAGGUCAAACCCCAUCUCCUUUCUCUGUGUAACCUCUUGUCCCGAACGCCCUCACAACACCGUCCAGAAUCUCACACACUCCUCUCAGGCCUCGGCUCAGAGCAAGAGGCACCUGAGUUGUUUGUAGACCUUGAGCAUGGGUGACGAACCUGCAGCACAAGCCACCAGUAUUCACAAGAUAAACAGACAGGAAAUUGUGCCUGUAAAUAUUUUAGGACUGUUAAGGCGCCCAGAAAUAGAGAUGACUGUUUUGUGUUUAUAUGUACAGUGUAAGAUAACUCUGAUAAUUUAAUACAUGUUUUGGGAGUAUGCCUUGAGAGUUUGAAUAAAGUGAACUAAAUUAAACUGAGCUAA